AUGAAGAACCAAUAGUUAUUGUUCACUACGAAGUGGGUAUAGGAUAAGGAGGCUAAAUGUUGUAAGAAAUGCUCAUCCCAAUUUAAGGCGAUAUUCAGAAGGAAACAUCACUGUCGGAAUUGCGGAGGUGUGUUUUGCGAUAGGUAUCGAUUUUGUCAUAGAACUCAAAAUAGUUGUUCGAAUUUCUUUAUAGAUAAAACCAACUUUAAAAACUAUUAAGAGAUCAAAAAAAACAAAGUUCGAUUGUGUUAAGAUUGCUUUAAUGACAUCAGCAAAAAGUUAAGGGAAAAUGGGGAAAUAGUUGAAAAUAAGGACACAUUAGGACUUCCCGAUUAAUAACAAAUGAGAAGACAUUCUAAAUCCUUUAAUGUUGUAAAUGAGAAAUUGCCAGAAUCUGCAAAAGAAUCCACUCCUCCCGCUUUACAAUUAAUACCUCAGACGAUCCCUGAUCAAAAGCCCCUGUUGCCAGUAUUGAAGGUUCACCCUCCAGAGUCGAUCACAAUAGGUGAUGACAUAGAACGAAAGUAAAAGAAAUUAGAAUAGAAGAUGAUUUCCAUAAUAGAAGACUUUGUGGAAAGAAGAACAAUAGCCCAUGGUAUCAAUGAGAAUUGGUAAGGAGUCAUGACCAAAUUUAUCACUAAUUCCAUUGAAGACUUCAAGUACCAUUAGAUCGACAACUAAUCUAAAGUAAAAAAUAAAGUGAGAUAUAUCAAAAUCAAAAUAAUCCCAUUUAUUAAUUAUGCUGCUACCAAAUAUUUAAGAGGAGUCACCAUUCGAAAAAACAUAGCUCAUAAACGAAUGAAAACUCAUCACAAAUCCCCUUUGUUUUUAUUACUGAGCGGAUCUUUGGAUUUGGAUAUACAGAACUUCGAUAAUGUCGUCAAGAAUCAGAACAAGUAUCUUUAACAAGCCUUGGAACAAAUAGAGUUGCUCAAUCCCAACAUUAUUUUGGUGGAGAAGAGCAUCAACACCAUUUUGUUGAAUGAAUUGGUGAAAAAGGAUAUAACUGUUUCCAUUCAAUGCAGAUAUAAGUAACUUUUACAAGUUGAAUAAGCAGUUUCUGGUAAAAUAUAGAAGGCGGUAGAUGUUUUUAAUAAGUGUUGUGAUAAGGAUUGUCUUGGCAGAGCAGAUACAGCAUCUUAUGUUUGUUGUGAUCCAGAAACAAUCAAACAAAAUCUUAAUUUGUAUGAUAAAUUGGAUGACAAAGACAAGACUCUAUUGGAAGCACAUCUGGAAAAGAAGAGAGGCAGAGACAAAACCUUAUUAUUCAUUACUACACCUCAAUCCAGCAAUUCUUUUUAGAUGACUUUGAGUGGACCCAAAAUCAAUGAAUUGAUUAAUGUGAAGCAAUGUUUUCAAGAACUGUUUUGUAUUUGUCAUUAGAUGUCCUUAGAAUUUGAAAUGAUUUUGUUAGAUUAUAAAAUUAAAUAGGAUUUGGAAUUCAAAUACAAACAGAUUGACAAUGAAAAUUCUCCAAUGAUGACUUGUGGAGAAAUAACAGAUUUUUCAGUCUAAUUGAUGUCGGAGUCAGAAAACUCAUAAAUCAAACUUUGCAAAUUGAGAUUCUAUCCAGCUGUUAUCAGUAAGAUACAUGACAUACAAAAAAAGAAUAAUGACGAAAGUCUGGAAAAUUACAUCUUAUAGAAUAUCAAAAAUAUUAAUAAUAAGAAAAUACCCUACUUUUGUUAAUUGUGCGAUUGUUAAAAAGAGAAAGUCUGUUUCUAUGAAAACUCUGGAUUACAUUAAGAAGACGUAAGUUUAGGGAAGUAUAUUAGUGAUAAAGCUCUGAUUCGUGAAUCUAAAUGUGGACACUGUUAAACUAAAAAGAUAAAUCAUGUUUCAAUUAGAUAUGGUCCAGGAGCAUUUGUUCGAUGCGUUGUCGAAAAGAAAAAAUAACAAAACUUAUAAGUUAAAGCUAAUACCAUUCUAUCAAAAGAACUCAAAAAAGCAACCAGUUUCCUCUAUCCUCAGUCUCUCAAUGAUGAGACUGCUACACAAGCUGACACUGUUAUUGUAGAUUCAGAACCUAAAAUUCAACAAUAAGUGGAAUUAAGUAUCAUUACCUACAUCAAGUGUCUUAAUGCUAAUUGCGAUAGGCAAUUGACGAAAUCCUUUAAAUUGGAAAAGAAUCACUUGGAGUUCUCAUUCUAUAGAUUAGUACAAUAUCUAAUCAAAAACUCCUUAAGGUUGAAAAAGACAAAUAAGAAAGACUGGCUUGUAUUUGAAGGAGAGGUAAAGGACUAAGGGGAUAAAUAAUCAGAUGGAUGUAAUCAUAUCUAAACAGAAAGAGUGUUUGAAUGUGAUGAACAUUAAAUUAAGUUGUUUACCAAUUUAUUUGAUAUCUAUAGGAUUAAACAUUUUCAAUUUGAUUGCUAGGAAGUUAAAUAACAUAUAGAAAAAAGUGAUAAGGAAGAGAUCGAUAAAAGAAAAGAGUAUUUGAUUUGCUAUUUGCAAAAAUUGUUUUUAUCAAUUCAAAAUGGGGAUAGGAGCGUUAGAAGCAGUUAUAUGACAUCAUCCACACAAUCCUCAUUUACAAUUUUUGAGAAAAAUUCUGAUACCUCUUUGGGAAUCAUUGGGAGUUUCAUUGAAAGAUUAUCAUAAUACCAGUUUCCUGAUUUUAUCACUUUAGAGUAAGAAAGCAUGCAAGUUUAUUAACGUUUAUUUUAAAUAGAAUUGGCUGAACAACAAAGGAUUGCUGCCAAAUUAAAAAGUGAAUCAGAUAUUCAGAGAUAAAAAACAUCCAUGUUCUCAUUAGUUUCGAGUGAAAGUGGUCCAUCCAUGAAAUACUCUAUGAGAAAAACUCAAAAGGAAUCCUCUACUCUAAUAGCAUCCUAAUAAAUAAGCAAUGAAAAUUAGUUCCCUACCUAAAAUCAAUCCCCUAUUCAAUACACUUAAUCACCUGAAUCUCCUACUUAAGAAAAUCUAAAUUAAUUCGAAGAACAGUCAGAGGCUGGAACCGAAAAAACGGAAUAUGAAUUAAGCUUCCAAAAUUCAUUUAGAUUUGUAUUUGAUAAAUGGCCAAGAUAAUCAAUCAAUUCUGACUAAACUAAUUUGCAAUUCAAAUCAUUUUUUGAAUUCAUUCCAAUAUAUAAUCAAAAUGAUAUCGGUUUAAUUGCAGCUGCUUUGAAUCAUCCAAGAUAUUAUGAUCUGUAUGAAUAUAAGUAUAGGUUUACUGAAUUGUGGGAGAAAAUUGAAAAUAAGUCUCUACAAAAAGAAGUUGAAAUUGAGGCUGCUAAAAUCUUAAAAGAACAAUCCAAAUUUGCAAUCGUUGAAGAAUUUUAAUAAAAAAUAACUAAAUCUACUUCUUAGAUUAAGAAAACUAGUUCCAAUAACUUAUAAGAUAUUGAGGAGGAAGAGCAAACCAUGGGUUAACCAUCUGCCGAGACUCCUAAAAAACCAUCCAAAUCUAUUUCAAUUCAAUUGUAUUACCCAAGAUAAUUUGAAUGUGUUAGAAUGUUAAAUGGAAUUAAAGUCAAAUAAUUUAUUAAAUCUAUUGCAAGUUGUUCUAACUGGAAUUCAGCAGGAGGUAAGAGUGGAUCUACUUUCUUCAAGUCAUCUGAUAAUUUAUUUAUUUUCAAGGCUGUUAAAGAAUCUGAAUUUAAUAUGUUUGAAUCAUUUGCUCCUAAAUACUUUGAGCAUCUUUAUUCCAAUAUCUUUUAUUAAAAGCCAUCUGUUCUUAAUAAGAUUUACGGCAUGUUCACCAUUAAAAAUUCAAAGGGAACUACCUAUUAUAUCGCUAUGGAAAACCUAUUUUGGGGUUUAGAGGGUGAAUUGACCGUUUAUGAUCUCAAAGGUAGUAUUGCCAAAAGAUGGAAUCGUAAAAAUCUAAAAACUCUUCUUGAUACCAAUUAUAUUAUUGAUAGGAAUGGCGAACCUUUGCCUAUUCAAGAAUAAGAUUACCAUUUCUUAGAAAAAGCUCUUGAAUCAGAUUCUCAGUUUUUGCUUGAUGUUGCCGUUGUGGACUAUUCCUUAUUGCUAAUAAUAGAUAAGUAAAACAACUAGAUUAAAUUAUCAAUUAUCGAUUAUUUAUAAUGUUAUGAUUUUAUGAAAAAAAUGGAAACUACAUUAAAAACUGCUAUGAAUUUAGGGAUUGAUCCAACCAUUAUAAAACCAGCAGAAUACUAAGUUCGAUUUAUUAAAGCAAUGCAAAAAUACUUUAUGGGAAUAUACUCAUCACUAUGA